UUAUUGGAGGAAACCGAGUUCCUGUUUUCAGCCUUUUUUAGUGGUCUAAGCAUACAACAGCAAAGGAAGUCUUUUGAAAUAUAAUAAGCAGCAUACUUUCAGACAGAGAAAGAUGAAUACAUUUCAUCAACAAAAGAUCAGCUCGUCAGAUGGUGAUGAAUAAAGAGGACUAAGUCUCCACCGGCCUCAAGUCCUUUCCUACAGAAGGAUGAUUCAAGAUAUUCAGAUUGCCUUGGCAUCAAAGUUGUCAGAGUCAUCGCCUCUCCUAAAUAAUACAAGAUCGGUGUCAAAUGUCACAGCGGAGAUGCUCCAGAGCUCUGUGUUCCAGGUCAUCUUGCCUGCCAUAUAUUUGGUUAUCUUCCCCAUCAGCAUUCCACUCAAUUCCAUUUCCUUGUGGUUCCUUUGCCGAUAUUCAAGGCCUUGGACUCCCACCAUUGUGUUCUGCAUUAAUUUAACCAUUGCGGACUUGGUCUACAGCAUGACCCUCCCUUUCCAAAUAGUCUACCAUCUAAAGAGAAAUGUUUGGCCUUUCGGGGAGGAUCUGUGUCGCAUUGUCACUGUGCUAGCCUAUGGAAACAUGCACUGUUCCAUUUUAACAAUGAUGAGCAUCAGCAUUGAGCGCUAUCUGGGAAUUGUUCACCCUUUGCACUAUAAGGCCAUAAGGCCCAUUAGAACAUCUGUCCUGACAUGCAUAAUCAUUUGGAUGCUUGUCUUAUUGACACUCAUGCCUCUCAUGCAGAACAAUCUAACCAUACGUGUGCUACAGCUGCCAAUGACCACCUGCUUUGACGUUUUGCCAAAAGAGAUGUUUAAAACACGAACAGACUUCAUCAUUUACUUUGGUUCUCUGAUGUUUUUCUUCUUUUUCCUACCUUUGCUUGUCAUGGGAUUUUGCUAUAUCUCCAUCAUCUUCACACUUCUUCAUUCUUCAGCACAACGCAGAGAAACCAAGAAGCAAACUGUUUAUUUGAUAAUAGCAUUGCUGUUGGUGGUCACUAUUUGGUACCUGCCUCAUAUUGUCAUAUCUGUCAUUCAUUAUGUCCUCACUUUCCAAGGCAGUUCAUUUUAUAAGGCAUAUAAAGUAUCACUUGCAGUUGCCAGCUUUAAUUGCUGCUUUGAUCCAUUGGUUUACUAUUUUGGCUCCAAAGAGUUUCGGCAAAAGAUACAGAAGAAGCUCUGCAGGUGUGUAGUUGUUGGUUUAAAUGAAGAUACCCCUAUUUUUUCAGAGUAUGUUCUGCAAGUAAAACCAAUACAAAAUUUACCAAAGAUAUAAGCUGCAUCUACUCUGCCUUAUAAUAAACUUUGUCAUUACACUGAA